AUGGACGCUAUAAGAUCCCAAAAUUCUCACUGUGCUGAUUGUGCUUUAGAAGAAGUUGAUUCUGUCAAUAUGCAGUUUGGCGUAUUUCUCUGUCAGUAUUGUGCAGAAGUUCAUAUCCAUUUCAAUCUCCCAAUAAGAAAACUUAGUGACAAUUUCAAUGAUGAAGAAAUUUCAUUUCUUUCGAAGUCAGGAAACCAAAAAGCAAAUCUUUCAUUGCUUAUAGGUCUCCCUCCUUGGGUUGUCACUCCAAAGAAAUACAAUUUUGAGUAACUUUUAUUUAGCUCAAUCAGGCAUUGAUGGGUUGAAGCCAAGUAUAUAAAAGCAAUAUGGGCAAGAGAAAGCCAGAAAAACGUCCCUAAGCAUGAUUUAAACAAGUUUUGGUUUUAUAUUGAUGAAGUUACCAGAGAGCAGCCAAAAAUAAAAGGCCCAGUUAUGAGGCAAGAUAUCAAAAAACUUUUUGAUGAAGGCACUUAUUUAUUUGGAAACAGCUAUAUCUGGCACCCUGUGUAUGGACACAAAUGGACUUUACUAGAAAAAGCUUUAGAUAUAAUCACUCCGUCCUCAGCUGUAAGUGAUGCUUCUAUCCAUGAAGCCUGUCAAAAGCGGCUUCAGCUUUUAAAUUACCCUUACCCUCAUGCCAAAGGUCACCUAGAAAUGAUACACAAGGCCAGAUCAGUCAAAAAAUGGGUCGUUUUACUAGAAAGAAAAAUAAUGGUUUUCCAGUCCAAUAUAAGCCAAUACCCUGAAUUUGAGUUAAAUAUAGAAGACGUCGAAAUUUCUCUGACUGAGUCAAAUGGUUUAGCGUUAUUUUUGCAGACCAGGACAAAUGACCUGACUUUUCAGUCCCCUAAAAUGGAAGAAGUCAUAGAGUGGUACCACGCACUUCAUUGUGCAAGCUAUUUACUAAUGGUUUUAAGUGACGAUUUAAUGAUGCCAAACUAUGACCUUGCAGAGCUUCAUAUAUGUAAUAUCCAGAAUUCUAAUGAAUAUAUGGGAGAAAAAAUCCAUGAAGCUGUUUUAAAGAAAGAAGGGUCCAUUUGGAAGAGCGUAAGAUCAAGAUGAUUUGUAUUGAGGACACAAGGAUUGUAUUAUUAUAUCAAUAGAACUGAUAAGGCACCAAGAGGCAUGAUCAAGCUGUAUCCGGAGACGAAAAUCGAAGUAGGAAAUGGUGACUUGCAUUAAAAAAAAAUUUUACGAAAAAUUACUAUAAUUUAUAGGUAAAUUUUUUAUGGCUAAGGAAAUGACCCAAAGCCAUCAAAUCACUUCUUAUUGAUAGGAGAAAAAGUGCUUCAUCUUUGGGCUGAAAAUGUCCAUCAAAAAGAAGAGUGGGUCGUAAAGCUGAACCAAGCCAUUGCGAACUUGAAAAACCCAGAUAUACAGAGAAAUUAUCUUACGUUAAAUUAA